AUGGAUUUCUUUGGCAAUGGAUCCUUCUAUCUGCUCGAUGCACCUGGCCAUGCUGAAGGGCAUCUAUGUGCACUUGCACGUACCACAGCUGACCCUCCUUCGUUUAUUUUCAUGGGCGCUGACACUUGCCACCAUCCAGGCGUGCUUCGGCCAUCGUCAUAUCUGCCUCUGCCAGUUUCAGUUAAACAAAGCGAAGAUAAAAGCACUGAUCAUAGAGUCUUGGUUCGAGACUAUGCUCGUGCAAGAUGUCCUACCAAAUCAAUAUUCGAGGUUUCCCACGGAUUCCUCUUUCCAGACCGCGAUGCGGCCAUGGAGACGGUAGGUAAAGUCCAGGAGUUUGAUGCUCUAGAUAAUGUCUUUGUGAUCAUAAGCCAUGACGUCUCUCUCUCAGGCGUGAUUCCUCUAUUCCCCCAGAAAAUUAAUAACUGGAAAACAGAUGAUUUAAAGGGGAAAACAAAAUGGCGAUUUUGCGGAUAUUAA